AUGGAAGAUGCAACUUGCUGGACUACUGACUUAAGUGUCCUUUCUGUAGCUCCAAUGAAUAGUGUAUCUCCAUUCUCGUCGCUCUCGUACAAGCCAUUUGUGCCAAGAGUUGUGACAGCUAGUAGUGGCUUGCUUCAUCGUGGUCUAUUACCUAUCACCUUGGCCUUACCAGAUGCUCUGCUAACAGAUGGGUCGAGUAUUGGCCAUCAAGUCAUAGAAUCCAAGGCUUGCCGCAGAGGUUUGGAACGAGGUUUCGCAACUGCAACAUCCACUCAGGUGAAUUGGCCCUCGAACAUUGACAGCCUUCUCUUUUGCCUUUGCGCUAGCCAGAAGUACUGCGUACAGGUCAGAUUUACGUCUCUUCGCCAGUCUUGGGUAUCUUCAGUCUGUUUUUACUACGUGCCUGGAGCCGUCCUAGUGAUCCCGGGCCCCCGUCAAUCUGUCUCCCAUUUUGGACCUUCUCGGUCGUCAGGAUGUCUGACCAGGCGAUCCUGCGUAUUACCAGGGUAG